AUGCAAGCCAGAGGCAAGGCGAUUAAGACGUGGUUUGGAAACCAUAAGCAGUAUAAAACGAAGAAUGUCAUGAAGAUGGGACGCAAGACAUCUCUGAGGCAGGUGGUGGGGCACUUCCGUGGGGCGGAGAUUGAGGAGGAGCUGGUGAGGCAGCAUCCGGACGUCGAGAAUAUGGGGCAGGUGCGAUUUGGGGGUUUUCAGCCUGCGUUAACAAAGGUGAUGGAAAGCCUUUCGGCGGAGGCGAUUGCAGAAUACCGCGACAUUGGCAAGCAAUGGGAUAAGCGAGGGCCUCCACAUGAAGUUCAAAUAAAGAAUUGCACCAGAUUUGGGCAGCGCCUGAUGAAAAACAUGCAUGAGGUGGCCUCAAAGCAAUUGGGCAUGGUGUCUAUCACAAUCACCUCAUACCCUAAGAACAUGAUGCAAAAUGGGAUGAUCUUUCACGACUACUACGAUGAGCUCUCAUCGGAAGGGGUGGUGGUCGGGAACUUUGUGAGGUACAACCAUGAGGCGGCGCUGGCAAUGGCUGCUGCCGCAGGCGAGUUCUUCAAGUACGUGCGUCAGGCGAGAGAAGGAAUGCUAUCACCCAAGAGUGCUCAUGGCAAAGGUGGCUUUCUCUGGAUGGAACAGGGUGUCGGUGGCAUCCCGAUAUUGCCACCGCCGAUUAGAGGGAAUGCUGGCGUCGAACUCAAAAUCACCCAGCGGCAGAUUUUGCAACAAUUUUUCCAAGAUCAUUAUCAAUUAGCAAGUGGGAAUCCCAGUGCUCAUCCCCCCUGGGAGCAGAUGAGAAUCCAGGGUGACAAAUUCUACACAGCAGCAAUGGUGCCAGCUGACUACUUGCAUAGCCCUGGCGUCCGCCGCGAUUUCCUGUUCAGCGACCCCACUCGAAUGCCAGGAGCGCUAGUUGGUGAACUCAUUGACCAUCUCAGAGGCAGACAAGCAGCAGAGGGAGAGCUGAGUUUUAUGUUCACGCAUACACUGUCAGAAGGCAAGUUUGUUUUGGCAACUUAUCUGGAAGGGUGUAGGGAGGCAUGUCAGAAGGCUCAGGAAUUUGGCAGUUAUUCCUAUCAGCGGGAGGAUGUUGUGGCUGGCGAUAUGGAUAUGGAGGUUGAUGGACUGGAAGAGGAGGUGCAUGUGGACGGCGUGCUGCCACCUCAGCCUGCUGCUGAUACUUCAGGUCCAUCUCCUGAGCCAAUCACACCGCAUCAGGAAGGCAAUGGAUUGCGAGGCCAGAGCAAGGAUGCAGCUGGGACUGGUGCCCGAGCGGCGGCACCUCGGGUGGCGACCUCCGGAGCACCUCAGCAGCCACAGACCCUUGAUCCCCAGCUUGCUGAAACACAAGGCUUUGUUUUUGGUCUGCCAGGUGGCACAGCGUUUGGGUCAGACACUAAAUGCGCCUACCCAUACAACAUUCCCAGCCAUGCCAACUACGAUCCAGCCCCAGGCUAUGGACCACACGAUGGAUUUCUGCCUCCAGCACAGCCACCUGUUAAGUGGGGGCCUUCCUCCACACCAGUGCCUGAGGUAUACCCAGCACCAGGGGCGGCGGUGCUGCUUAAUGGCAUGUCCGCCAUGAGUCAGCAAGGGUCUCCACCUUACGCCCAAAUUAACGCAAUGGCACCGUCUGCUAUUGCACAAACCAUUGGCACAGUCCUGCAGCCCCGAUCUAUUCUGCACAACACAGCAGGAGGGGAGAUGCUCCCAGCCUGCAUAUUCUUGCCACCUUCACCGCUGCUGCCACUGCCGUCCUUCAUCGUCGACUUUGAGUCUCAGUUAGGCAAGCACAGGCGGAUUUCAACUCCGGGGAUUUCCAUAGGGUUAAAUAGCCAUGCAGGAAAUCCGCAGGUUCGUCCAACCCCUGUGAUGGGGGGGAGUGCAGCAGGACACCAUGUUAUUCCUGAUACAGACAGUUUCUUCCUGCAUCGGCGCUCAGCGAUGCUGCAAUCACAGGUGGCAUUGUCUGAUGCCCCAUUGCCAGUCAUCAGGACCCCUCGGAUAAAAAACACGACUACUCCUGCAGUCAGUACUCGCAUCACCCGUUCUGCCACUGCUUUGUCCAUGAACCUUCGCACCACCAGAGUUGCUCAAAAAGGAAAGAAGAAAAGGUAA